GCAGGACGACACCGCCUGUAUUGCUAUGGUAGCGGCGUCCGGGUGGGCCGGGCCUCGAAGCUCCUGGCCCGACGGGGCCGCGUUUAUGGAGGACUUCGCCUCCCGUCGGGCAUGAGCGGGGCCUCCCGCUGCCUUUCGCGCUGCUGCCGCCGCUUCCCGACUGUGGGCCGCCUCCGGGAACAUGCCCCAGGCUACCUACUGCUACGUGCGGGUCGUGGGCAGGGGCAGUUACGGGGAGGUGACGCUCGUGAAGCAUCGGCAGGACGGCAAGCAGUACGUCAUCAAAAAGCUGAACCUCCGAAAUGCUUCCAGCCGUGAGCGCCGAGCUGCCGAGCAGGAAGCUCAGCUCCUGUCUCAGCUGAAGCACCCCAACAUUGUCACCUACAAAGAGUCGUGGGAGGGAGGAGAUGGUCUGCUCUACAUCGUCAUGGGCUUCUGCGAAGGAGGUGAUCUGUACCGGAAGCUGAAGGAGCAGAAGGGGCAGCUUCUGCCUGAGAGUCAGGUAGUGGAGUGGUUUGUACAGAUCGUCAUGGCUUUGCAGUAUUUACACGAGAAACACAUCCUCCAUCGAGAUCUAAAAACUCAGAAUGUCUUCUUAACCAGAACAAACAUCAUUAAGGUGGGCGACCUGGGGAUUGCCCGCGUGUUGGAGCACCACGGGGACAUGGCGAGCACCCUCAUCGGCACUCCCUAUUACAUGAGCCCCGAGCUGUUCUCAAACCAGCCCUACAACUAUAAGUCUGACGUCUGGGCUUUGGGAUGCUGUGUCUAUGAAAUGGCCACCCUGAAGCACGCUUUUAAUGCAAAAGACAUGAAUUCUUUAGUUUAUCGGAUUAUUGAAGGAAAGUUACCACCAAUGCCAAAAGUUUAUAGCCCGGAGCUGGCCGAGCUGAUCCGGACAAUGCUGAGCAGGAGGCCUGAGGAAAGACCGUCUGUGCGGAGCAUUCUGAGGCAGCCUUAUAUAAAACACCAAAUCUCCUUAUUUUUGGAGGCCACAAAAGCAAAAACUUCCAAAAAUAAUGUUAAAAACUGUGACUCCAAAGCCAAGCCUGUUGCUGCUGUAGUUUCCAGAAAGGAAGAAUCCAAUCAUGAAGUGAUUCACUACCAGCCAUGCCCUUCUGAGGGCUCCACUACACACGUCAUGGGUGAAGAUAAGUGUUUGUCCCAGGAGAAACCAGUGGCCACUGGUCCCUUGAAAUCACCUGCUAGCCUCAAAGGCCACACUGGCAAGCCAGACAUGAACAAUACUGCGGAGUCAUUCGCCACAAUCAGCAGGAUAAACCUCGAUAUCUUACCUGCAGGGAGGGGGGACUCAGCAAAUGAUGGCGUAGUUCAGGAGAGUCGACCAAAACAGUCGGACACCUCUAAUGAAGGCGACAGUCAACGCAGUAUUUCCCCAGACAAGAAGGAGCGGCUGCAGGGUGAUAACACGUCCAGCGAUCAGCCUGAAAAUCUGCUUCCCAGAUGGUCCUCUGAUGAUGGGGAUGGGGAUGGGAAUGAACCACUGAAGCCAUUGGAGCCCCCAAAUAAAGACCAAAAGCCAGGACAGGAUCAAGUUCCUGGUGGAUGCAUAAUAGAAAAACAGGACAGCAGCAUCCACCCAAGACUCCAGCCACACAACUCUGUGUCUGAACCUUCUGUGUCUCGACAACGAAGGCAGAGAAAAAGAGAACAGACUGACCAUGGUCAGGCAAAGAGCCAGUUCCAAGAGUCACCCCCUCGGCUUUUGCCUUCUCCCCCUGCUGUUGGAAAAGUGGAUACCAUUGCAACAAAACAAAAUGAUGAAAACCAAGGUAGACCUGUGGCUGAGUCUGUAGACAGUUCAAGGAUCAGUUCAACAUCAUCGUCUAAGGAUCGACCGUUGUCGGCCAGAGAGAGGAGGCGACUAAAGCAGUCACGGGAGGAGAUGCUCCCCUCAGGUCCUUCAGUUCGGAGAGCUCCAAAUGCAGCGGAGCCAGUGAAGCCACAGAAAGAAGACCAACCUGUUCCUGCCCGACGAUUCUCUCCUGACUGCAACAUCACUCAGGAAAAGAGAUUGAUACAUGGUCUAUCUGAGGAUGAGUUCAGUUCUUCUACAAGCUCAACUGAUAAAUCAGAUGGGGAUUCCAGAGAGGGGAAGAGUCACACAAAUGAAAUGAGUGACUUGGUGCAGCUGAUGACUCAGACCCUCAAGCUGGACUCUAAAGAGAGCAGUGAAGAUCUUCUGGUACUAAAUCCGGUGUCAGAAUUCAAACUUCAUCGGAAGUACCGUGACACGCUGGUUCUGCAUGGCAAGGCUGCGGAAGAGGCGGAGCUCCCCUGCGAAGAGCUGCCUUCAGCUAUUAUAUCAGGUUCUGAGAAGAUCAGGAGAAUAGUCGAAGUCUUGAGAGCUGAUGUAAUCCAGGGCCUGGGGGUUCAGCUUCUCGAGCAGGUGUAUGAUAUUUUGGAGGAGGAAGAUGAAUUGGAGAGAGAGGCACGAUUACGGGAGCACAUGGGCGACAAGUAUACAGCUUACAGUGUGAAAGCUCGCCAGUUGAAGUUUUUUGAAGAAAAUGUGAAUUUUUGAGAUUUGUUCUAACGUGCUGCCAGAACUAAAGACUGUUUUCAAAGAUUUUUCAUCUAAACAACAACAACAAACCUGUUUCAGUUGCUCAGAGGCCACUCAGCAUCCUCCAGUCUCUCUUUGGGGUCUUCUUAUUAUAUAACUUUAGACAGGGUUGCCUAAUGUGAAACACGUUCACAGAAGAAAAAACUUUGAAUAUCAUUUUAUUUUUAUGAAGAAAAAUGUUCUAUUUGUUACUGUUUACUGAGCCUUAAACCAACUUUAUAUCUAGUUUAUUUUUUAAAGAUAUUAACUAGCUUGAAAUGGGGCCAGAAAAUGUUGGAUUAUAUUGUACUGCAGUGAUAAUAGCAAGAAGAGAAAAAACUGACAUCUCCUUUUACUUGCUCUUGUUUAUAACCGUAGAGAGGAGUGAUAUUUACUCUCCACUGUCCACUCACUGUUCUGGGAAUAGAGUUAAAGACCAUGAAAUUCUAUGCUGCAUUUGAACAGUUUUUUUUUUUUUCAUUUAAUCUGAACCUUAGUGGGGUUCAGUCUUCAGACUCUUAGAACUCUUGUUCAGUCUAAAGUGUAGCUUGUAACUCAUUUCUUUUUUCCAUCAGCAAAGACAUCUCUUAAACAUGAAUUCUUCUUUCAACUAAGCAGUGUCUAAGGAAAGUCCAGGUCCUUAGUUCAGUUGGAUAUACGCAAUGUCUGUCUUUAUGUACAAUAAAGUGUCAGUUGAGUUUCUGUAUUUUAAAUGUGUAACUGGACAGCUGGGUGCAGUGGUGCACACUUGAAUCCUAGCAUCUGAGAAACACAGGCAGGGGGGUCACAAGUUCAGUGCUAGCCUGGAUGACAAAGUAAGUUCAAGGCCAGCUCAUUCUGGAGACCCUCAUCUCAAAAAAAAAAAAAAAAAAAAAGUCAUAAUUGUAUAUCACGUGUUACUUAGUAAUGUCCAUCUAGAAAGAUUUUUAUAAAUAAAAUACAAGUCUUUAGUAAAUUUUCAUUUUUAAGAUCAAUUUUCUGAGUGUGUGUGUGUGUGUGUGUGUGUGUGUGUGUGUGUGUGUGUUACGUACACAUAUGGAUGUGUCACGUAUGUGUAGGUGCCUGAAGAGGCCAGAAGAGGGUGUUGGAUCCCCUGGACCCGGCUUUGCAGGUGGUUGUGAGCCACCUGCUGUGGGUGCUGGGAACUGAACCCAGGUUUUCUGGAAGAGCAGCCAGUGCUCUGGACCGCUGAGCCAUCUCUCCAGCCUCUCACUGUUAUAUUUAAAGGACGGAAAAUUACUCCAAAUGUUGUUUGUUUUCUCAGACAGGGUCUCACUAUGUAGCGCUGGCUGUCCUGGAACUCACUAUGUAGACCAGGCUGGCCUCCAAGCACAGAGAUCCACCUGCUUCUUAGUGCCGCGAUUAAAGGCGUGCCCCACUGUGUCGGCUCCCAGUGUUGUCUGUAGGGAAAACCAUUUUUCUUUGAGAAUCAUACACCGGUAUUUUAAUGAAAUGGUCUCUGUUAGUCCCUUGUUUUUAUUGUGCCAAGAGUUAAAAGUAUUGAAUAAAGUAAAACCUGUUGACCUUACA